CUUCUGUGUGUAUCAUUUUAUGCACUUUCACCAAAGAUCAUUGAUUACUAGCUCCCUCUCUACCCUCUCUGCUUUCACCUUACGUUCACUUUACGAUCAUGGUAGUGGUAGGCUUUGGUAUGGUAAUAAUGAAAGAUAACUGAAGCGAUGGUCUGAAUUGCACAUUUUUAUUCUUUAACACAUUGUAACGAGAUCACUCGGAACAAUCGAUCUUUGUAUCACAGAAUGUGUCGACAAACUGUAACAAUGCUGCAGGUUAAAGGCCACCAUGCGGGCAAAGAUAAUUUUAUAACCUCUAUGAUAUCAACACAAGAUAAAGCAACCGUCUCUAAUAUGGGCUGCUGUCAAUGGAUUGUCAGUUGUCGAAAUCGCUUCUGCAUUGGCUAUUCUGUCACGUCACGUGGGUAAGCGUGCCAAAAACAGGUCUAUUUAUAAUAACCUCGCCCUCGCGAACUGGUAGACUGUCAUAACUUCUCAAAAAUGGCUGACUUUUUGUCUUUGGACGAGGAACUAAUUUGUGCAGUUUGCCAGGACAUAUUUGUGGAACCAGUAACUUUGCCAUGUGGACACAACUAUUGUGAAGAAUGCGUCAAUCAGUUAAAAAGAUCAUCGACUGAAGAGGAUGAAUCACAUCACUACACAUGUCCACUUUGCUUAGCGCCGUGUGAUGUGCGAAUAGAUUUUAAGAAGAAUAUCGUCCUCCAUAACAUCCUGGAAAAGUACCACCAAAGUCGACAAAGUGGCCACGAUUGUAGCAUUUGCAAGGGCGAACAGAAACUUCCUGCUGAAAAGACAUGUCUGAACUGUGAGGAGUCCUACUGCACCCUUCAUAUUAUGCCACAUUUUGAGAACAGUAUUCUUCGACAACACGUGCUAGUAAAUCCUAUAUCCAACAUCAACAAACUGUGUAAAUCACAUGGAAAGGAACUUGAACUUUACUGCCAGACAGACCACGCUGCCCUGUGUGUGUACUGCAUGUUGCCUUCAGAGGCCAAACACACAGAAGGGCACAGUGUCGUCAAAUUGUCAGAUGCAACAGCAAAUCUGAAGGAGAAUUGCCAAGCCAAGCUUUCUGAUGUAAGAGGCAAUUUGUCAGAAAUAAAACAAUGUCUGGCAGAUAUUGAGAACACUGCAUCCACUUCCAAGCAUGUCCUUUUAUCUUUGUUCCAAACUGACUACACACAGAAGAAACUUGAAGAUCAACAGGUGGACUGCACAUCCUUGCUCAGGAGGAUCAAACUGUUCCUAGACUUUGAGGAGCAAGCUUGGCAAAAGCGGUUCUCGGUGGACCUGGUUCAGGAGAGCAGGAAUCUGAAGCACAGGGUAGAGAGGCUGAUGAAGAUGAGGGGAAGGCUGGUAGAGGCACAGGAGGGGUUACAACAGGCUCUGGCCAUUCAGGACCCACUGCUGCUACUGCAGACGUCACAGAACACUGACUGGGGAGACCUUUAUGAGGGUGAGUCAUGUAGUCGUCAGAUCCAGGAGGUGAGGGAGUGGCGAGGACCAAAGCCUGUUGCCUCUGCAAAGAUCAUGCCACUGUUCCAGACCCUGAGGGGGACAUUUUCCGGAGAUGAUAUCAAGCUUAACCCACAGUCAGCUCAUCCCGGGUUAGAGUUGUGUGUUGCAAGUGGCUCACUGUGGUUGUCUAAGAACAAGGAACACUCAGGUGGUCCAUACUCUGUUUUGGGCUGUGAUGCCUUCAGAGAUGGAGUGCACCAUUGGGAGGUCAUGGUUGCGGAUGUCCCUGGUUGGACAGUGGGCAUCUCAUACGCACCUCCUCAGGGUGAGGUGGCCAGUGCAGCAUUUGGCAGUGAUGAUGUCUCCUGGGCCUUGAGCUAUACCCAAAGCAGAGGCCAGUUCUGUGCUGAACAUGGCUGGUACAAGUUCUGUUUCACCAACCCCGCUCCUGGUUUGCCCAGCCGAAUUGGGGUGUUUCUGGAUGUGGACAGUGGCAUCCUGUCAUUUUAUGAUGCACUGAGACUGGAGCAUCUGCAUACAUUCUACUGCAGUCUCAACGCACCUGUCUAUGCUGCUUUCAGUAUUAAUGUGGAACCAGAGGGAGAAGGCCUUACCAAGAUCAGAGUUAUUAACCCAGAGAAGAAUCAGUGAGUUAGUGGCAACAUAAUCAUAAGUGAAAUAUUGCAGAGUUUGUAUAGUUGAAUUGAAUGCAUUUCAAGGUGCUUCAGUGAUUGUGAUUUCUGUAUUGGAAAAAAAACAACAACUGGGAUUUUGACUGGAGUGUGCCUUGCCAUGUUUUCAAAAUGUAUGUCUAGCCCUUAGUCUGGGUGAAUCCAGAAAAAAUUGCGAUCGCUUUUAAAUUGGCAGUUUCAUCUGGGAAUUAUUCAAUUCAAACUUUCGAAAACCCAGGAACCAAUCACAACUUGGUUAAUCCUACAUGAGGCAGGCCAUAUACGAUGACAGAUUAGGAAGUAUGCAAGGAACCAGUGUGAACCAGGGAUCAGGAUUUGGAAAGUUAGCUUCAGCCAGUUAGCAUCAUUGCUGGCUACCAGCAUCUGUAAAAAUGGCAUCCAUCAUGUACUCACCUUCGGCCACAUUUUCACAAACAAGCCAAUUAGCCACCAUACUGAUGGACACGAGUAUGUUGCCAAUAUAGAUUGCCAGUUUCCAAGCUGGGAGGAUCAGCCAAUCGACAUGGACAACAUAGUUUGUGGCCAUCUGUAAGGUGGCACCAAAUUGGCUUGAUUGUGAAAAUGUUUCCGGAAAUGAGCAUGCCAUGCCAAUUUCAAAGAUGGUGGCAGACAGUCAUUAUUUUGGCUGAAUUAGAUAGCACUGGUGUUGAAAUGAAUGUGGCUGGAACCUUUCUCCCUCUAAUCUCCCCAGCUCUGCAUAAUUAUGCCUAUAGAUAUGUCUGUGGUGAUGGUGUCAGUAUUAAACCACCUAGGCUUGGAUCUUCUUGGGAAUUGAGUAAAUGAUUGCAUUUGAAACCUUUUGUAACCUUCUGUUAAAGCUUUUUGCUAUAUUACAGUAUAAUGUUCAAUUUUGUAUUUAAAGGUACACUAUGCAGGUUUAGGUAUUUUUGGCGACUGUAGAGUUCCCUCUAAAGUUGAAGUUGCAUGGCUGGUUUUCUCGGUAGCGACUCGCUACGUCUAUGCUGUAUAGCUAUGCUAGGUGAACGAUCCACCUAUUACAAGUUUGUUAACCAUCAAAUUGGCUUCGUAAAGGUGAAAAUCUUGCAUAGUGUACCUUUAACCCAGCUUAUCAGUCACCAUGAAUGUAAAAUGCAUGGUUUUCCUAUUUUUUAUAAGAAUAAACUUAUUCUUCAGAGUUAUGGUGAAAAAUA